AGAGCUCCAUUUUCAUAAAACUAGUAUUCCAGUUUCUCCUCUUGUGAAAAUUAUUCAAUAUUGUUUACCAUCUCUGAGUAUGGCUGAUGCAAUUGUUAAUCUUGCCUUGGAGCAGCUGCUUCAAAUCACUACUCAAAAUAUAGGGGAAGAGGUGAGGCUUGUUGGUAAUGUCGAAAAUGAAGUAGAAAAACUUCGGAGCAAUCUUGAAGCCAUUCAAACUGUGCUACUUGAUGCAGAGGAGAGGCAAAUGAAGGGCGACAGAGCUGUGAGACGUUGGUUAGAUAAGCUCAAAGACAUAUCCUAUGACAUAGAAGAUGUGUUGGAUGAGUGGAACACUGAAAUCAUGAGGUUGCAGGUUGAAGGAGAUCUUGACGAUGCACCUGCUCCUAAGCAGAAGGUGCCUUCCUUCUUCCCCUGUUCUUGCUUUGGUAUCAAACAAGUUGUUUUGCGCCGUGAUAUAGCACAAAAGAUAAAAGAAUUAAAUGAAAAACUAGAUAUUAUUGCCGAAGAAAAAAAUAAAUACAGUCUCGAGGAGAAGAGCACUGAAACAUUUGAACGAGUUCAAACUACGUCUUUUGUUGAUGUGACUGAAAUAUAUGGUCGAGAAUAUGAGAAGAAUUCUUUACUGAGUACGUUGUUAGAUGAGAGAAAUGAAGAACAUAAAAACCUUUCUGUCAUCUCACUUGUAGGGAUGGGAGGAAUUGGGAAAACAACUCUUGCUCAACAAGCUUAUAAUAAUGACAAGGUCAUGAGCCAUUUUGACACAAAAAUAUGGGUGUGUGUAUCAAAUCCUUUUGAUGAGAUUAGGGUUGCCAAAGCAAUCAUUGAAGGACUAGAAUGUCCUACCAAUGAUUUUGUUGAACUGGAAUCUUUUUUGAAAUGUAUCCGUCAAUCUAUUAUGGAAACAAAAUUUCUUCUCAUUUUAGAUGAUAUGUGGUCAGAAGAUUAUAACAAAUGGGAACCAUUUUAUCAUUGUCUAAAGAAUGGUUCCUAUGGUAGUAAAGUUUUGAUUACAACAAGGAAUGAAAGAGUUGCAUCCAUUAUGGGGUCAGUUGCUCUUAUCAUAAUAGAGCAAUUAGCUCCAGAGGAAUGUUGGUUGUUGUUUAGACAAUUUGCAUUUUAUGGUAGGCCUUCUAAGGAGUUUGAAAAAUUAGAGAAAAUUGGAAGAGAAAUUGUUGCAAAGUGCAAGGGCUUGCCGCUUGCUGCAAAAACUAUGGGCAAUCUCUUGCGAUUUAAGAAAACUAGAAAUGAAUGGCAACGAAUUUUAGAUAGUGACAUUUGGACAUUGGAAGAGAUUGGGAAAGGUCUUUUAUCACCUUUGAUGUUGAGUUAUAAUGAUUUGCCUUCUAGCAUAAGACGAUGUUUUUCAUAUUGUGCUAUCUUUCCAAAAGAUCAUAAUAUAGAGAAGGAUGACUUGAUCAAAUUAUGGAUGGCUCAAGGUUAUCUUGGGUUGGACAAUGAUACAAAGAUGGAGGUAAUAGGCCAAGAGUAUUUUGAUCAUUUAGCAUCUCGAUCAUUCUUUCAAGAGUUUGAAAAAGAUGAUGAUCAGAAUAUCAUAAGCUGCAAGAUGCAUGAUAUAGUUCAUGACUUUGCUCAAUUUCUCACUAAGAACGAAUGUUUUACUGUGGGAAUCAAAGGGGGCAAUGAAGACCAAGUCAUAAACACUUCCAAUGAGAAAACCCGACAUUCAAUGUUAAUGCUUCACGUCGGGGCUACAUUUCCUAUCUCCGUUUCUAGCAUCAAAAGUUUGCGGAGUCUCUUAAUUGGUUGUGAAGAUUCUAAGUAUUUGGUGCCUGAUGAUGUUCGACCAAAUCUCUUUGGUGAAUUGACAAGUUUAAGAGCAUUACACAUAAGUGCAGGAGUCGUAAGUGCAAAUUUGAUUACAGUGAUUCCAAAAGAGGUAAAAAAAUUGAUACAUUUGAAAUAUCUGAAUUUGUCUAGUCAGCAUAUGGAAAAACUUCCGGAAACUUUAUGUGAGCUAUACAAUCUGCAAACUUUAGAUAUUUCUUGGUGUCAAAAGCUUAAAGAACUGCCUCAAGGGAUGGGGAAGUUGAUAAACCUGCGGCAUUUGAUUAAUUAUUUCACAAUAUCAUUAAGUUACAUGCCCAAGGGAAUUGAGAAAUUAACUUGUCUCCGAACAUUGAGUGCAUUCAUCGAAAAAAGCAGGAGCAGUGAUGGUAGUAAAGCAUGUAGUACUCUUGCAUGCUUGAAAGAUUUGAAACAUUUAAGAGGAACGCUUUAUAUUAGAGGGCUAGGAAAUGUGACCAAUGUGAGUGAGGUUAAGAGAAUGCAAAUUCUCAGUAAUAAGGAAAACCUCUUCCAUUUAUGGCUUAGAUUCGAUAAGGAUGGAGAAGGAGAGAGGAAAAAUGAUGAAGAUGAGUUACUUCUUGAGGCUUUGCAACCGCAUCCAAAUUUGGAGAAAUUACAUAUAGAAAAUUAUAGAGGCAGCACUUUUUAUUCUGAUUGGAUCAUGUCAUUAACCGGGCUGAGGGAAUUGCGUAUUCUCUUUUGCAGAAACUUGAUGCAUUUGUCUCCCUUGGGAAAAUUGCCAUCACUUGAAUCACUAUGGAUAAGAGAAAUGAGCGUGAAAAAAGUAGUUACGGGAAUCGAAGGCGAUGGUGCAUUUUCAUCAUCUACAUCAGUUAUUCUCUUUCCCAAGUUGAAAGUUCUUGAUUUCAUGUGGAUAUGGGAAUGGGAAGAGUGGGAUUACGGGAAUACAAUCUUGCCAUGCCUUGCUUCUUUGCAUAUUCAUUUUUGUCCAAAAUUACGUGCACUGCCCGAUGGCCUUCUCCAGGGGGCGAAAAAUCUACAACAUUUGGAGAUUAUUGGAAGUGAUCUUUUGGAAGAACGUUACAAAAAGGGAACAGGAGAGGACUGGCAAAAGAUCUCCCACAUUCCCAACAUCAAAUUCGCUGAUUCAUAUCUGCAAGGAGGCCCACUCCCACUCCGUUGAGUUCUCAAAUGGCUGCAAUUACCAACCAUCAAUCCACAAAGGAGAUGUGCAGAAAUAUUGAGCAUGAUGGUGGUUGCAGUGUUAUGCUGAAAGGAACAAAGGAGAUAGUUAUGUAAAAAAGAAGUUGGAUUUCACUUGUGUUACUGUUUGUAUGAGUUGUGGCUUGGACAACUUUCUUUGUCAAUAAUUUGCAUGUAAUAUAUGGCGUGUUUGAUUGGAAAUUAGGUGUAAAAUAUUAAAUAUUUGUUAUAUGGUAUGAGCUGA